GAUGAGCAAGUGGGUGCGCUCGUUUCUGUCGCUUCCUGUGCGUACACGCUUCCUGCCCCCGUCCGCAUCCAGUAGGAGCUCUCCAGCUUUUGUUUCCGCCUUCGCGUCCAGCAACAUGUCCAGCAGCAAUGACGUCGUGAAACUCUCUAAUGAGGAGUGGAAGCAGCGUCUGACACCCAUGCAGUUCCAGGUGCUGCGUCUCAAAGGCACGGAACGCGCAGGCACUGGAGAGUACAACAAGAACAAGGAAACUGGAGUGUAUGUAUGUGCCGGCUGCAAGACGCCUGUGUACACAUCCACCACCAAAUUUGAUUCGGGGUGUGGCUGGCCUGCGUUCUACGACGCCAUUCCCGGCGCUAUCAAGGCUGUGCCUGAUGCCGAUGGACGUCGCACAGAGAUUAUGUGUGCCAAAUGUGACGGUCAUAUGGGUCACGUGUUUAAGGGCGAAGGCUUCAAGACUCCUACCGACGAGCGUCACUGUGUCAACAGUGUGUCGCUCGUGUUCCACGCCAGUGAAGUUCCUCCUCAGUAAGAGAUCAGGAAACUUACGGGCUUGGUUACGUGUUGCUAGCUGGUUGUACGAGCUUGGAAGUAAAGUAGUGGCUAGCAGGGUUGAGUUCGUAAUGAUAGCAAAGCAUAACACACUCCAAAGUA